GGAUGUGUGUGUAAAAGAGGAGGAAAGGGAGUUGGAAUCAUCCAGAGUGGAAAAUGUGAAACAAAGCUGUGAGGCUGAUCACAGUGAGCUCUCUGACCUCCAGGGUGGUGAAUGUUGUUUGGUCAAUGUCUCUGCUGAGAUGGCUAGUUCCAUUGAAAUGCAGGAAGAUGAGAAACCUAGACCUGAGGAUGAGUCACAAAACUGUUUAGAUAAUUAUGUGAAAUACCAAUCUAAUUCAAGCAGAGACAUGGAGUCCUGUGGAGGACUUCAUGAGGGAGCAGAUACAGAAGAUGUUGAUAGUGUCACAAUAAAACCAAACCACAAAGACACAGGAGAAUGUAGUCAAAGGAGUGAUGUCUGUCAACAGUCAAAUGAGAUCCAGACAGUCGCUGUAAAAGAAGACAACAUGGCACUAGAGUCAGACCAAAAUAGCAGCGUGAUACAAACGGAUGCAUCUACUUCAACUGAUGCUGCUCAGUCUCUGAUGGACACGCAGACUGGGUGCACAGAGCUCGAUCAAAAUAUUGAAUAUGUAGCAAACGUUCAGGCUGAAUCAGACACUGAUUGGAAUGAUGGAGCUCAGAAUUUGACAGAUGUCCAGGUGUCGGAUCAACUUUUGGAGAACAAGGAAAUGGAGCAAGACGCAGUAAAUGGAAGGCAGGUUGUUGUAAAUGAGCCGAGAGAAAAAACUCACAAGGCAAAGGGAGGAGAGAGCUCAAAGAAAGUCACCUUCAUCCUGGAACCUGAGCUCAUCAAUGACUCAACCCUGUCCGAGGCCAAUACCUCCACUGAGUCCAGGGCAGAGACGAGUAUGUCAGAUGCCGAGCUGAACUCCCAUGAUGAGUCCAACACGGCUGAAAUAAUCGACCAGAUGUUCGACGAGGUGCUGGAAUACGCUGGAAGAAUGGAAGAGAAGAGGAGGGGCGACGAAGACACCGAGGACCACGACAGUGGCAUCUGCGUUUGCCCCAGGGACAAAGACAAGGUGGAUACGGAGUCGGAGAAGGAGAAGAGUGAAGAAGAGGGGGAGUCCAAAGAAGAAGAGCACGAUGAGAGCAAGAAGCUUGAAAGCAACAGAGAUGAGCUAACUUUUCCUCCCAGCGGUAUUCUCUCACCUCUCAGCAAGUCUGUAGAGGCUGUGGUUACCCCUCUGCGACUGGCAGCGAGCCAGGAGUCCAAUCCUUCCUCCCUGCUCUUGACUCCAGUAGAGACCAGCACCACCCCUAUUGCUGAAUCUGCUCCUCUCUACAGUAUCGAUGCCUACCGCACACAAAGACAGAGUAAGCUGCCCACCAUUCAGAGCGUCACUCCUGGUGUUCAGAGACGAGCUCCAGAGAAGUCCCAACCUCAACCCUCCAUCAACACCAAGGAGAAAAUCACGGCUCUUAAUGAAGAAGCAGGGAAGCUGCAGACUGUGAUCAACCAGACCCUGCAGGCUCUGAGCUGCUGUACUGAUGAGGAUCACGGACGGGGCUCGCUGGAGGAGGCUGAAGCUGAAAAGCUACUCUUGGUCUCCUGUGAGAAACGCUCGGCCCUGCUGGCAGAGGUGGCCAGACUGAGAGAGGAGAGGAACUCCGAGUCAGGAGAGGACAGUGAGUAUGUUUCCCAGCAGGCCUGCAGAGGGACCAUCAGCAUCACAAAGAUCCAGCUGCCUCUCAAGGUGGAAUUUGUCUGCUCUUCCCACAAGCGCACAGGUCGGCCAAGUCACUACUUUUUCGUCCUGAUCCGCUACGGGCCCUGCAACAUUGUCGCCACCCCGCUGGCCACAGCUGCUGAUGCUCAGAAUGGAGACACCAUCUCCUUCCCGACUUCCGUCACUCUGAAAGAUAUCCGCUCAUCCUUUGAGAUUGAUGUGGAGGUCUACAGCCUGUCCCACACAUCCGGUAGUAACUGCAGCGUGGACCGGACCACCACCAAGUCCCGGGUCACGCCAAGAAAGCUUCUGAACACUAUCACAAGAUCCAGUAACAGUCUGACAUCUACUGUUCUUCCCGCUCUCAACACUCGUCGCUCCAGCAACUUUUGUCUGGUGGGCUCCCACAAGAUCACCUUGGCCUCACUGGGAAACAGCAAGUUCCCUCUGGAUAAGAUGAAACUUGAGGGCAAAAUCAGGAGGCUGCUGGGAGAUGAAUUUCAGGAAAAGGUGCCUUUUCUCUCACCUCUAGAGGGCAACAUCUACCUGCGAAUGGACAGCGAAAGUCACUCUAAUGUUCAGCACCAAGGCUUCCUGACCAUGUUUGAGUUGAUCAGUGGAUACGGGGUGUGGCAUCGCCGAUAUUUUGUUCUGGUGGGAUGCAACAUGUACUACUGGAACCACCCCAACGACCAAGAAACUAAGGAGGCAGAGGGCAGCAUUUCUCUGUCCAGCUCCCACAGUCGGUGUGUCAGGCCUGUGAAGAGAGACUCCUGUGCUCGCCCCUUCACCUUCGAGCUGGUCAGCAACGUCCCACAGCAGCAGGACGCCAAGUGUUGGUUUUCAGCCGACACCAAACAGGAGAGACUGGACUGGAUGGAGAAAUUCAACCAGGUGCUGUUGGACUUUCACACGUGGAACCGAACAUCAGCAGCCCAAACAGAGAGUCAGCAGUCCAGCUCGUCCAGCAGUGGGAACCUGAGGGAGAGCAUACUGUAACUAGAUCACUAAACCAGCAAACCCACUCACAUGUGCUUUUCUUAUAGCGUCAGCUGCCUGGUGUUCAUUAAAACACACAGUGGAAUCUGCUUUAAUGUGGUGGGUAGACGAGGUGCUACCAGGGUUUAAAUUCUUUAUCUCAGAGCUGCAGGAGAUUUUUCUUUUUUGGGAGACGUCUAUUUGAUUUUCUUGCUAUUGUUUAUUUCUUUUUUUUUAAUCUGAAUCCAAUCUGUACGGUUGGGUUUUUUUUACUUUUAUUUGCCAACUAACAGUUGCCAUUUGAACAUUUUUAGUUUUUCUUUAUUAUGAUUUUUGUUGAAAAGGUUUUAUUUUGACUGUUUUUGUUCUGUGGCAAUCAGCUGCUUUAGCCUUUUGUUGGCAAUAUAAUUUGGUCACUUUGAGUAGCUAAGGGGAAUCUUCUUGUAGCUUAUAUAUUUUGACAUAAUUUACACAUGUAUUUAGAAUCGUAUUGUAUUUUUGUAUCAUUUAAACUGGAAGGAAAAACAAAUUAUAUAGAUACAUUAAUAAAUAUUGAAGGUGAAGGAUGUCUAUAACUACUAAACUAAUGUAGGAUGAGAAUGUAAUUGAAAUGGUGGGAAACACUACGAGUUAUUAGAAUAUGGAAGGAAUGCUAGCUCGUUGGAGCCGUUAUUAGUCAUUCAGACACGCAGUAGCUGCUUCUGUUGGGUGAAAUAAUGAGGUUUGGAUCACAGGCCGGGUCAAUCCAGUCUAGGUGGAAGCCAGCUGAUAUUUGACUGUUUCUUUAUAAUGUGAUAGAACAACACUUGGUGCCUUUUUUAACUAAAGAAGUAACCAGUUAAAAUGCCAUCACUUGGGGUUUUUCCCAGUGCCCCUGCAAUGUUCCCUCAUAUUCCCAGGUACAUGAUUUGUAUUACUGCAGAUACUUAAGCCCAUAUAAUUAAAUAUUUAAACCUAUAUUGUAUGUGUAAUACAGUUGAUGAGGUCAAAGAAUGAAUGUAGUCUGUUCUGCCUGAUGUCUCUGUUCUUUUACAUGUAUGUCCACCUUUCAGUCUGUCACUGUCAUAAAUGUUAUUCAUGUGAACUCUCAUUCUAUGCACUUAAUUGGAAGUAUACAAUAAAUUGAUUUGA